AUGAACACUUGCAGCUUCCCAGAGGCGACGUUCCCGGAUGCACCCGAAUCUAGUUCCGGAACGAUUGAUAAAGAUGAUGAUAUCAUGAUAGGCAUGGUGGCACAACAUAGAAGACAGGACCGUGGACAGAACGAUCAGUCCCGCCACCAGAGCUUCGAACGAGAUCAAAGACCAUAUAGCUCGAGUCAAGGACGUUUUAAAGGGUGUUACAACUGUGAAGAGGAAACACACAUCACACAAAACUGCCCAUACAAGGAGAGCAUCCGCAAGUUUGUCAGAGAUCUCAUUAAGAAGUCACCAAUGCCACCAAGCAAACACAUGUCUGCAAGCUGGUGUAGUCACGAAGCUUCACCAAACAACAAUGCCUUUCGGCCCACUCGCAAACAAGGUUACACAGCUGCAAAGGUAUCCGACAAGAAAGAAAUACAGCACUUUCCAAGUGAGUUUGCACACCUCUCUUUUCAUGGCAAUACCAAACAGUGGAUUGCAGACACUGGGAUCAAGGCUGGAGGGGGAGAGUUGAUAGCGAAGGAACACGGUAUAGUGGAGAUUGCAUGGAACGAGAUCGAGGAACUCGAAAAGAACAAAACGUGGAGACAAAUCUUCAAUGAUGGCACCAACAAUCUCGCACGGCUCGUUGCGAGAGGAUUCACCCAGAGAUUCGGGAUCGACUUCUUCGACACAUUCGCUCCCACGGUACAACAGGCAACAGUGAGAUCGUUCCUGUCGAUAGUGGCAUCACAGGACUUGGAAGCAUAUUACUUCGAUAUCAAAAACGCAUUCACUGAGGCUGAGCUGAAAGAGAAGAUCUUUCUCUCUGCUCCGAAAGGAGUACAAGUCAAGCCAGGACAUAUCCUGCAAAUCCUCCGCAGCUUAUACAGUUUGAAACAGGCUGCACGCGAUUGGAACGACUUGAUUAAGAAAAGCCUGAUCGGAUGGGGAUUCACACAAAGCCUUACAGAUCCAUGUUUGUUUACACACAAAGAGCGAGGCAUCAUAAUACUCCUAUACGUUGACGACCUUCCGGUUGCCGCAAAGAACCUCGAUGACCUAAUGUGGUUCAGCAAACAACUUACUUCCGUUUUCAAAGCCAAGAACCUGGGGGAAAUCGAGAACUCUAAGCUUCUUGGUAUGAGAAUCAAAAGAGAUAAGAAGAACCGAACAUUCUAUGUCGAUCAAGAGCAAUACCUGGAGAAAGUCCUGAAUAGGCACGGAUUCACAAAGGAAACAUCCAAGCCCAUAGCUACCCUAAUGGAAGGAUACGAUUCCCUUCGACCAGCAAAGGAAGACGACAAACGGGCUGACCCCACUAAGUACAGCAGAAUUAUCGGAGAACUGAUGUACACAAUGGUGUACUCGAGACCUGAUAUAGCAUUUGGUCUAGGAAAGCUCAAUCAAUACAUGAAAGACCCGGCCGAGAUCCAUAUGCACAAACUACGGAGAGUCAUACGAUAUCUACGAACAACCAUCAGGUACAGACUGCGUUUCGGACCAGGGGGAGUACAAAACCUGGUGAUGUAUUCUGAUGCCGAUUACGCAAGUGAAAUCGUCGACAGGAAAAGCACUUCAGGAGUAGUCGCCUUGCUAGGAGGAGGCCCAGUGUUCUGGAUGAGUAGGAAACAGAACUCUGUCUCAACAUCAACCACCGAACGGCAUGUAGCAGAUGAUGGCUUCGCAAUAGAGAUGAAGAGAGACAAUCAGGGUACUAUAGCACUUGUCAAGAAUGCUCAACUCACCGACCGGUCAAAGCAUAUCGACGUAGCGUACCACCACGUUCGGGACUUGAACGCAAAAGGGAAAGUCAAUAUCAGCUACAUUCCAACCGAUAAAAUGAUUGCAGAUGGAUUAACGAAACCACUGGUAAAGGAUGCAUUCAGGAAGUUCAUAGAGAUGCUAGGCAUGGUAGACUCGCCGGAUCCCACCCCUGUGGACACGUGA